UCCCCUAUGUGCUUCCAGGCACAGGUGCCACCCACCAGACAGAGCUGUGUGUGCCGUAUGCCCAGCCUUCUCUCUCUGUCACGCAACGUGGACCCAGCACCUCCUCCAUGGCAGGCAUCUUGCAUGGUCACCAUGCCCCUGGGACACUGCCCAGCUCCCCCCACUGCACCUCCCAACACAUGCCCUGCCCAUCCCACUUUCUUGCACCCCAGCAUGGUCUCUCAUAGCCCCAGCUGGUCCCAUCAAGGAGGAGCCAUGCCUGCUGGGGCAUAUGGUCUGCAUGGGCCCCCCGAGUGGUGCACCCGUGAGAGUCUUCCCGGCAGCCUGCUGUCUGUCAGGGCAUACAGGAGAGUCUUCCCGGCAGCCUGCUGUCUGUCAGGGCAUACAGGAGAGUCUUCCCGGCAGCCUGCUGUCUGUCAGGGCAUACAGGAGAGUCUGCCCGGCAGCCUUCUGUCUGUCGGGGGCACGCGCGGGAGAGUCUGCCCGGCAGCCUGCUGUCUGGGGCACGCGCGGGCGAGAGUCUGCCCGGCAGCCUGCUGUCUCUCAGGGGGCACGCGCGGGCGAGAGUCUGCCCGGCAGCCUGCUGUCUCUCAGGGGGCACGCGCGGGCGAGAGUCUGCCCGGCAGCCUGCUGUCUCUCAGGGGGCACGCGCGGGCGAGAGUCUGCCCGGCAGCCUGCUGUCUCUCAGGGGGCACGCGCGGGCGAGAGUCUGCCCGGCAGCCUGCUGUCUCUCAGGGGGCACGCGCGGGCGAGAGUCUGCCCGGCAGCCUGCUGUCUCUCAGGGGGCACGCGCGGGCGAGAGUCUGCCCGGCAGCCUGCUGUCUCUCAGGGGGCACGCGCGGGCGAGAGUCUGCCCGGCAGCCUGCUCUCUCUCAGGGCACGCGCGGGAGAGUCUGCCCGGCAGCCUGCUCUCUCUCAGGGCACGCGCGGGAGAGUCUGCCCAGCAGCCUGCUGUCUCUCAGGGCAACUUUGCCUAUAUUGCCCAUUGUUUAACCUCCGAGACUCGGUCAGACUCUGCUUGGCUCGGCCAAGACAAGGGGAUUCUCUGUCGCUGGGAGCCUUUAUACCAAGGUUGGGCCCCGCUCUGGCUCAGCCCAGCACUGGGCCUGGUGCAAGCACUGCUGGGUGGGGUCUGCAGCCAGUGUGCUGCAGGAGCUCAGACUAGAUGAUGACACGGGUCCCUUCUGGCUGUCCCAGCCUUGGGACACCCUGUCCUAGCACCCCUCGGCCAGGCCAGCUGCAGCUGCUCCUCUCCCAUCCGAGCAGGGAGCCCUGCUCGGAGGCUGCAGGUGGGGAUGGCUGCGCCUGGGUCAGCAGCAGUGUGUCAGAGUGACAACCUGCGCCCAGCCUGGGAAGGGGCAGUUUCCUGAUGUCAUCGAUUCCUGUUCUGCAAGUGCUAGAGCCGUUAGCGUUUCGGUACAGCACUGCCAGCACACGUGGUGCCCUGAGGGAGGGGGGCAGGGAGAGCACUGUCAGGGCCCCUACCCGAGGGGAAUCCAUCGCCCCCACCCCUCCCUGCAGUGCCAGGGCUGUGCUGAGAACAGGCCCUGUGGGUUGCUGGCCUGAAGCGCUGUGCUGGCUAGCUGGGGCAGGGGUCCCUGCCAUGCGGGGGAGCGUGCUGUCCUGUGCAGACAGGGCCGGACAGACUGCACCGGGCUGCCUCUUGCAGGCCUGCACCCAGUAACGUCUC